AUGGAUAAAGAUAAACAAGAGGGAAAAUUAUAUGAAUGGAAAAAAGAAAUUAUUUUAGCUUAGCUGCUUUCCAUAGAAACAUCAAUAGAAAAGCUGGAAAAAUUGAAUAAGGAAGGAAAAAAAAUUUUUGAUGAUAUUAUUAUUUCAUUCUAUGAUAUCCAAUGUUUGAACGAAGAAAAGGAUGAUAUGUUAGGAUUGUUUAAUUCUUUAGACCUAAAGCUUUGUGUAAAAAUAGUAAUUUAAAAUCAAAAAAGACUUAAUUAAGUAGAGUAAAUACAUCAAAAGAUGAAAAAAUUUAUGGGCAUGAUUGAGGAGAAUUUUGUAAACUUGUAGAAAGUUUUAGAUGAUUGCUUUGGAGGAGAUACUUUAAAUAAAAAGUAGCAAGUUUUAGAUUAUCUUCUACUUCAGUAUCCUAAUAUUUUGAGCAUAUAAAUUAUUUUAAAUUUACUCCUUGUCUUGGUUCCUCAGUUAAGAGAGGAUAUACAAACAAAGUAAUAACUCUUAGAAGAAAUAAAUGAGUUUUUGUAGGAUAAUACAACUGAUUAAGGUCUUUUGCAAAUAGAUCAUGAAUCAAUAAAGACAUUUAAAUACUAUAUUUAUAUAUGGACAUUUAGACCAUCAGUGGAUGAAACAAAUGAAAAAGCACUAAAUAAAGCUUUGACUGCAUAUUAUCAGGAUUUUGAGCCAAAAUGA